AUGGAACAAUUAAAUUUAACCACAAUACCCACAACAACUUUAUUAGACGACGAUGUGGAAACUGAUGAUGAAGACGACCAAUUUCUGCCCUCGUUCACCAAACCAACUUUAAAUUCUACGCAGGAUUUUUCAAGGUUACUUGAACGAAAUAUUUCUUCACUUUCCGAUGCUGAUCUAGGAGAUAAAGAGUGGCUGAUAAAGCAACCGUCAGAGAAUAUAUCUUUUACCCAAGUUCCAAAUGGUGGCAGUGGUGAUGGCGUCAACGGCGCUGCUGCUAAUGGUUUCAUUGGAAGUAGAAGGGGAAGCUUUAUUAAAAGUGACGAAACAGAGAAAAUUAUCAAAAUGAUUGCAAUGGCUUGUGCGUGCACUUUUGGCAUUGGCAGUCAUUUCGCAGGACACAUUAUAGGACCAAUGAAAGGAAUUCUGAUGAAGCAACUUAGCCUGACAAAUACGCAAUUUUCGUUACUGGUCGCAUCUCUCACUCUUUGUAAUACCGUGAUACCGACAGUUUCCGGAGUACUUAUAGCUAAAUUCGGUACCACGAAUAGUUCAAUUGUGGUGACUUCCGUCAUACUUUUGGGAAUGAUUAUAGUAACGGCUGCUAGUUGGAGUGGCAAAAUAUGGGCAAUGAUUACAGGAUUCGCUAUUUUUGGAAUGGGGUUGGCUCCAUUAACAAUCAUACAAGAGACAAUUAUUGUACAUUUUUUUCAAGGACAUGGGCUGGGAUUUGCAUUGGCAACAGGGCUCACAAUGGGGAAAUUGGCAGCAUUUGUUGCUUCCGUAACUGCAGUUCCACUUUCAAUGAUGGAACCACUCACUUAUCGUACCCCAUUUCUGAUAGCGACUUUCACUUCGCGGGGGGAUCGCGUUGCACGAAGUGACCAAAAAGAAAACGGUUCUUUGGAGUGCAAUUUUCGAUCUAUCGAAUAUGUUUUGGUGGUAUUUGGUUGUCGUAUUAUUGUACGGUACAUCGAUGGAACCGUUUCUUCAUCUUUCGAGCAUCGAUUUGGAACGACCGAUUUAUUGGCCGCAUGGGACGCGUCAAUUAUACUAUUGUUGCCAGUUAUAAUAUAUCCUUUCUUGGGUUUAUUCUUGGAUAAGUAUGGAAAGAGAUGUUCAAUAUUAAUUGUCUCGUCUAUAUCAAUCCUAACGACUUUUUUACUUCUCCUAUUACCACCACGACUGAUUCAUCCUUUCCCUCCGAUAAUCAUUUUUGCGACGGCCUUCUCACUAUUACCAUUAACUGUUGUCAGUCUGGUUCCAUUACUAACAGAACACGUAUCAACUGGCUUAGGAUUAUACAAAAGUCUUAACAAUAUUGGCGCGACACUCAGCCAAACAGUCGUAGGUUUAAUACUAGACGCGCACGUAAAAAAAAGCAAUUAUACUAUUGGUCUAGACGGCAUUGAGCGUGGUCACAAAGAUGAUGAUUUAGCGGCAUUGAAAAUGUUUGCGAUUUUGAGUUUUUUAUUGUUUUUGAGUACUUUGGCUUUCUGGUGGGGCGAUAAAAAAUACGAGGGUGGACGAAUAAAUUCUGCAGAUGAUGGUAGUAAUCAUCACGACACCUCUAAAUAUGUACAAGCGAGCGAAGAUGAAUCAGUCACCAGACAAGGAGCACAAAUGAUGAUUAUUGAGGAUGAUACAACUUUUGUUAAGGAAGCUAUGAAGAAACAGAGGCAGCUAAAGCAAAUAAAUGACAUACUAAUUAAUACACCCACUACCGCAACACUACCGCCGCAUUUCUCACGCCAAGAUAAUCUUGCACGACACCUGGGCUCAUUUGUUUUAUCUCCUUAUAGAUUUCUGAAGAAUGAUAUCGGAGCCUGGUUUUCGGAUCGGUGUAUUUCGCCUACCACAAACAAAAAAUAA